UCAACUUUAAUUUUCAUGACCCACGAAUGUGGCGCAAAACUAUGUCGUAUGCAUUUGCUCUUGAGGAAAUAGUCCAGCAAGAUAAUAACUACACAAACUAUGACGGUGACGAAUCGGAAGAAACAAUGCGAUGUCCGUACGUCGUAUAUGUCCAUCGGAAGCAAUUUAAUUAACAAGCGAAACGCCGUAGAGUCCAAAUUUUCCACAUCUCCAAAUUCAUGCUGCACAAAAAAGGUUUGUGAAGAUUAUGAUCCCAUGACACCAGAGGAUUCAAUUGCUUCAUGGUUAGAUGCGGAAGACAGUUUUCAAGAUACCAAUUUUCUAGAUGAAACGCAACGCAUACUUCACAAUGAAGAAGACUUUUCUGAUGCAUGUCACGAUCGAUUACGUUCUGAAUAUGAACAAUGGAAACGAAUUCCACACUUAAGAAUAAUUGGAAAACGAAUUGAAUAUUCACGGGAAAAUAUUACGGAGGAUGAUAAAAAAAAAUACCAGGCUCGCAGUAAACCAUCAACCGCUAACAACAGGGAUUUAGAUUUAUUGCGUAAUCAGGUCAUAAAGAUUAUGACGGAAAUUUUAUGGCAACGAAUACUAGACAAAACUAACACCAAAAAAGUGUGCCAAAGUCAAUCUAUGUUAGAAUCUCAACAAAAUUCUUCUGGUCGAAUAGAAUCUGCAUUAAUUGUUUCGUCGAUAUUGCCGACUAACAAACCGUCAAUAAUGUUUAAAUCCCGUUCAAAUUUAGAAGCGAUUAGCCAAAGUGAACUUAUAUACCAACAGCAAAAUAACAAAGAAUAUAAAAAAAAAACAUGGCCAAAAAACAACGUCAGUACUUUACCACCUAUCGAAACCCAUCGAAUGAAGAUAGUAGAAAAAAACAAACGUUGGUUUUCGGCCGUUAGCACAUCUGGUAGAAACCACGUAUUACUGAGACCAGUGACUUCAGUAGCGACUCACGUCAACACUUCGAUUAACGUGUGUUUUAACAUAUCGAUCGACGGCAAGAGUAUCAAAAGCUUAAAGAAAAAAGGUUGCUGUUCCCCGUCGUGAUUAUGCACCCAGCGGACAUAAAAAUAUUCCACCAACUCGUUUACCUAAGAAAAAACUAUAAUACGUUUAAAACGAAAAUUUGUUUAAGAAAACAAUAAAGAAAACAUUUUAUCAAUACAAUAUGUAUGUAUAGGUAUAUAUUCCGAUGUUACAUUUAUACAUUUGUUAUUAUAUCGUGCAAUGUAUUCCACCGUUGCCGGCGUAUCUCACACAUAAGUAAUAUUACAAUAUCGUA